GCUAUCCGGGCCUGCCACAUUAUAGCGCUGUUGCAAAUUAGAACAGCAACACCUCACUCGCUUGUAAAGGUCUCCUAUUGAAUAGCCUAUACUUUUUGCCGCAGUUUUGUUCGCUGCUUUGAGAAUUUCCCUCGGAUGAAUGUCGAUUAGCCCAAAUCAGCUAUGGAGUAUGCGAAAUCCCUGGUCCCAGUAUCUGUUAUGAGGUCAGUAUCCUCAGUUGGUAUGUCACUAACAAGAAAAAUACUACCUGCACGUCAGCCCCGUCCAUUUAAAGUCUGCACCCAUAACUGCAGCAAGAGGAGGGCUGUGAUGGCCACCUCACUGGACGAGCUUCUGGAAAAGGCAGCGAACAGCUUGCUGCUGGUGUGCCAAUUUCUAACACUAGUGCUUGAGGAGGAUGGUACACUAGUGGACACUGAGGCCUUCUUCCAGUCCCUUCCUGCUAACUCUCGGCUCAUGGUGCUGGAGAAAGGACAAAUGUGGACACAAAGCCAGGUAGCAAACCCAAGUUUCAGACGCCCCAAAAGAAGUGGAAUCGCCUAUCUGAGCUUUGACCUGUACAAGCUGGACCCGAGGGAUUUCAUCGGCUGCUUGACCAUUCGAGCUACGCUGUAUGAGAUCUACACCCUGUCAUAUGAUAUAAAGUGCAUGCGGGCCAAGCACAUUCUGAAGUGGUUAUUGCGAUGCUGGACACAAGUGGCACGUGUAGCAGGCCAUAUGCUUCUGUGUGGCUCUUCCUACGUGCGACAGUAUAUUGAAGAAGAUGAGUACUAGUGCGGCCUAGCACUGUGCCUGCUGGCCCAAACCAACUUGCUUCUCUGACUCCUAACCACCAUGGACCACGUGAAGUAAUACUGCCUGCCAAUGAACGUUGUGUACCGUCUCCCUAAGUAAGACAUUUUAAUGUUAAACUUAAAACCUUGAACAAACCUCAAACAGCCAUUUAUAAAAUGUGAAUAGAGCUGCAAGAUUAUAUAUGCAUGUCAGUGUUGUGAUGUGACAAUAGUGUCAUGUCAGUGUUAUGGAGGUGUCCUUUUUAAGUGCUAUUUUAAAGUGUUAUACAUUCCCAACUGAGAAGUGAUCCACUUAGUUUUAUUGUAAAUAAAGACAUUUGACUAGGUUUUUAUGCUAUCCGAACAGGAGUUAUUGUCCAAUUAUGUCAUAUUUUUAAAAAACAGUGGUUGGUGGGGGCGAUGUACUGGUAUAAAUCAGGAAUUGUCUGGGAAGGAUGUUUGUACUGGCCUGACUGCACAGUUGUAUUUGGUGUUUUUGCAGAGCAUUUGGCAAAACCUGAACAUUUGACCAUAAAAGAGUUUAAUAUUAGGUCACAUAAGGCCUGUAAACUCUCUUAAGGGUAAUGCUGGCUUGAGAAAAAUGUGAAUGUUUCUGCACCUGCAUUUACUUUGAUGUUAUUAACAUCACAAUGGAAUGCAUUUUCCAUUCCCAGUACACACCCGUGUAGUGUGCUGAGCCAUAUAUCUGAAUAAAGUUUGUUAACCAA